AUGGCGGAUGUAGGAGCGAUCGUGCGAUCUGACCAGGAACAGGAGGUAUAAAACUGUAAACAGUCCAAUACGCUUAAAUCUUCAUUUUUUAAUUCAACCCUUUCAAAAUAUGACUUGCUUUCCUUGCUGUCUAACGCAGGCGAUAGCCGUUUUCUUGAGAGAGGUCAACAAGGAUUGCGCCGAAAAUGGCUUGAGUCCUGUCGGAACAUCUACUGCUCUUAUGUUCUUAAUGGCUAGAAAAUUUAAUGCCGAACGAGCUGUGAUCCUAUACAGACGAUAUCAGGUAAGGAAAAUAUAACAGCAGCUAAGGAUUUUCCAAUUUGUCUGCCUUAGAUAAAGUGUGAUUUCCAAAAACGUGAACUUUUUCAUUAAUCCCAUACACUUUAACACACUUCCAUAUUCUGUUCUUAAUCGCCGCCGAAUUUUUCCAGCUGUCUCGGACAACCGAAAAACAGCUGUUUGUGAAAUACCGCACCUAGCUUUUAGUGCUAACUAAUUAUAAUAACAGGUUCAGGUUCAAUAAAUGCUGCGUGUUAACUUCUUUUUGUACAUGUUUUAAUUAUACCUAAUAUCUGUGUGCUCAAUUGCGAACGAUUUUACUGGUAUAUUUUUCAGAUGACAAUUAUGAAAGAACCACAGUUGAAAAAUAAUCCCCCAAGGAAUGUAAUUAAUUCUUUGUGCUUGACUCUUUUAGGAGGAUUACUUAUGUACAUGAAUUAAUCUGUUUAAAAAAAAUAUUGGCUUGCCCAUAAUAAUCAUGGUCAGUAACUUAAAUUUGACCGUUGAUAAAAUUUGCCAUAGUUAAAGUCAUUAUGAACGACUCAGGUAUUUAAGCUGCAAGAGUUUUUCAGUUUCAAUCGUUUUUACUCGGAUCCAAACAAGUCAAAGUUUGACCUUUAACAGGCAGAUAUUUGUAGGUAAUGAUGUUCUUUUGUGUUUUUGUAGUAAUUCCAUUUUCAGCAAUUUGUCAAUCAUAAUAUAUUGCCAGUGAUGUAAAAAUAAUCAUGUGGUUCCUUGAUAUUAUGUAUCUUGAAGCUGAUUACUUUCCAUGCCCAGGUAGAUUUAUUUCAGGGUUUCUUGCUUUUGCACACUUCUGCUUGAACUUAAAAAAAAUAUAUAUCUUUUGCCUCUAUUCAACACUAAAUUGAAAGAAGAACCCCCCUGAAUUCCAACUGUACUCCUAACGAAUAUAAAUUAUAUUUAAAGUUGCUUUCACUUCUGCUUUACCUUAAAAAAAUUAACCUUAAAUUACUCCUAUUCAGUACUAAAUGGAAAGAAAGAUCCCUCUGAAACUGUACCCCUAAUGAAUAUAAAAUAUAUCUGAAGUUGCUUUGACAAAGCAGCUUGCAAAAAAAUUUCUUCCUUAAUUUUCAAGUUUAUAUGCCAGCAGCUACAAGAUUUUUGUAUGUUAGGAACUAAAAGUUAAACGGGUCCAGUUCAGAGUUACCUUAUAUAGUACAUUUUUACUUCCCUCUUGAGAAAAAAAGAGAAAACUUAACAUUAAUCUGUUUAAUCUGUUGAUUUGGAACACCUCCAUCUUUUGACAAACAUUCUGCAAAUGUGAUCACUAUUCUUCUGUUCAUGUGCCCAAAAUUUUGAAUUGUUACCUCAUAUAUAAUACCAAGGAGAUGAACACAUCUAUACUCUUAAACAAUAUGUUCAGGUCAUUAUUUAAAAUGUCCUGGAUUUUUUGCCUUUUCUUUCUUUUGUUUGAUUUAACCCUUCAACUCCCAUGAGUGACCUAGUCAGAAUUUCUCCUUACAAUACCAAUACAAUAUCAACCAGAUAAGUGAUGAGAAUAAAGAAAAUUAUCAAUUUGGGGAUAACUAGUUGAUCCAAUACUAAAUUCUCUGAACUAACAUUAUAAGAAUUGUAUGGUUGAUUAAGGAGAAUGACAAAUUUGAUCUGGGAGUUGAAGGGUUAAUGAAAAUAAAGGCAUGAUGAUGUAAGAAAAAUGUGACAAUUAUGGCAAUGAUAGCAGUAACAAAGUGUGAAAUUAGGAUGUCAGUGUAGAGCAUUAUUUUUAAUUUUCAUUUUGUUGGGUAAUUAGUGCUGUGCUUUUUUAAGUGGUGAAACUAAUUUUUCAGAGUCAGUUAUGAGUUACCUUUCAAUAAUUUGAGAUUGACACGGCACACACAGGAUCAGCAAUUCUCAUCAGCCAUGACUUAAACUGUGUACUUUGGAUUUUACUUUCAUAGUAUGAACGUCAAUUAUAUCGUUUACAAGAAUUGGCUCCAUAUGAUCAACCUCUGAGCUCUGAACUUCUUGGUGGGAAGUUUACAGUUUUGGUGAGUGACUUGAUAUGUUUGUAGUCAUCUAUUUGUUCUGGUGUUAAGUGUAAUGCAGUAGGUAAGAGUCUGUUACUUGCAAUGGGUAUUGUGGGUAAGGAAUUGCUCCCGAAUUUGGGUACAUAAAUUUUCAUUUUUUUAAUUAAAAAGGAAAUUUACAAAGUUGCCAUGGGAACAUUUUAUAUCACCCUAAGGUGUUCUUCAGAUUGCGAAGUCUUUUAAUUGAGCUGUUUAAGAAGCUGUGAGUGCAUUAAAGGGGGCAAGUUUCUAAAGAAACUGUGAUGCUGCAUUGGUGGGAGAGUAUAACAGGGUAAUUUGUUAUUAUCAACUGAAUUGAAAAUGUAAAUUGGUCACGGUAAAUAGUUUCAAAGCUGACGUUUAGAGUGUUAGCUUUCAUCAGAGUAAAUGAAAGGCCCCUGUUAGCCCCUCUGACAAAGGGCUAAUGCUCAAAAUGUCAGCUUAGAAGCUCUCUAUGGUGACUAAUUUAUGUUAUCAACUAAUUAAUUACCCUUUUAUGAGUGCAGUAGCCCAUGAAGCCGAUACGAGGGUAUCCUGGUGACAAGGAUCAUUGCUCUCGUCACAGAGGGGAAGCUUAAGUCUAUUGCAGGUGACCCCAAGCUUUUCAUCAGCUUUCCCUGGUAAUCUGCAGAUAUCCAAUUCCAUUUAUGCUCAUGGCUGGAGAGAGCCACUGUGACAAUCAAAGUAUUUUGCUAAAUGACUAAACCUUUUCACUCUCAGAAGUGAUUAACAAGUAACUUCUCCCUACAAUAUCCAUUCAUUAUCCCACAAACAGGUAAUGGUAUCACUCAAAUGCAUCAGGUAGAAGUUGUUAUCUUGAUCUAACACCAAAUUCUUGUAACUUAUUUACAAGGAAAUGUGUAACAGCUUGAGGGGUGAAUUAACAAUAAGAUCUUGGGAGUUAAAGGGUUCACACAAAUUGACUAGAGUGAGUUUUAAACUAAAAAAAAAAGCCCUUUCCAGCAUAAUGACUGGAAAAUAUGAAAAUCAUAUAUGUGCACUGCGAGAAGAAAUGAGAUAUGAGCAAUCCUCACAGUUAUGAACAGUACUGAACUAGUAGUUGAAAUGAAUCCUGAAAAAAAAAAUUCAGGCCUAUACGAGAUUUGAAGCUGUGACCUUUGUGAUACCAACUGAGCUAACAAGCCACUGGGAGCUGGUCUCUACUAACUGGAUCUAAAGCUAAGUGGUAAACAAGCCAACUGGGAGCUGGUGAGAAGAAAUGAGAUUGGAUCCCAAAUAAACUAGUAGUUGAAAUGAAUCCUGAAAAAAAAAAUUCAGGCCAAGAUUUGGUGAACAAUAACUGAGCAACAAGCCAACUGGGAGCUGGUCAUAAUGUUGGAUCCAAAUAAACCUUCCAAGUGGUGAAUAAUGACUGGAAAUAUAUGAAAAUCACAUAUGUGCACUGUGUAGUUAGCUAACAUUCCAUUCAUAGAGGUCACUUGCAUGUGAGACCUUUACUAAAAAAUAAAAUAAUUCUUACUCUUGCCUAUUUAGGAAAGUCGUGAUGCAGGAGGAGCAGCAAUAGCAGUGUUUUCUGCCAGCAAGCACUUUCCAGCAGCAACAACUCACAGGACAGUUAUACAGGGAAUUGCAUUUCAGCUGGAUGAGUGUUUGAAAAGGUACAAAAUAUGUCAACAUACACUGCAGUUCUGUUUAUUCUGUGAGUAUGAUUACUUGAAUGUAAUAAGACAUGAAUAUUUGGGUUUGCGGGUACAUCUGGCCCUUUUUCAAUUUUAUUUAGUGCUUUGGUUUAAAAUGUAAUGAGAUACCAGCUUGCCUUCUAGUAAACUUGGCUGUCCCUCCAUGCAGUAUAUUACCUCAUCUGGUGAUGUAUCUGAAUGUCUGACCACUAGACAUUAAAGUUGUGUGGGUUAUCUAUUCACUAAGCCUUUUACAUUUUUGUUGUAUUUUCCAGUUACGAAACUCGAAAGAAUGGGUUGGUUCUGCUGUACGACAUGACAGGAUCAGGCUAUCAUAAUUUUGAUUAUGGUCUCGCUCGAAAAGUCAUGGAUCUACUGAAGGUAACCUUGUACUUGAUUAAAUGUUACAGUCGGCAUUUUGAAAUACUUACACACAUGUGCACCAUCUUGUACAUGACUGUUUGUUUUAUGCCAACAGAAUCUUUGAUUCUUUCAAGCUUUAGUGGCCUUGUUUCAAGAAGUAUGAGAUUGUUCAUUUUUCAUGUCUCCACUCCUCAGGGCAGUCAGUAAUUUUUCAAGUAGUAGAAAGUACUGGGAAAUGAAAAAAGGUAGCUGGGGUACAAAUAUUUUCUAGUUGAAAAUUGCCUGGGCCAAGGAAAGGGGAUGAGCUGGGAUGGAGGCUUUGGGAAGAAAAAAAACACUGAUCAAUCUAGGUACAUGUGUGUUACGUGUUAAUUUUUUGGAAAUUUUUAUGCCAAUGCUGUUUAUUUUUCUUUUACUGCAUCAACAAGACUUUGAAAAGAUUUUGACAAUCAAUCAUGAUUUUAUUAUAAUCGUUAUGGCAAAACACUUUGGGUAGACCAACAAAAUACAAAUGAUUUUGGCCAGAAAAAUGUUUUGACUUUAUUAAAUCAUGUAACCUCUGUCAAUAAAGCAUAUUCUGGAAUUUCAAUUUUUUUUAUUUACAGUUUUCUUAGUAGAUGUAUUUUCACUUUCCAUAAUUAUAUAGUUUAGCCUUCAUUCAAAUAACCAUGGCUCAGGCUCUUAGGGGGGCCAGUUAUUUACAAAAGGUCUAACCCAAACCACAGUUUUACGCAUGCCAAGCAGUGUGCCUCAUGCUUUCCCUUAAAAAGGGUUGAUUUAAUUAAAUAAUUUUCCUUUUACUGUUAGCUUUUGGCUGUCUCAACACUGUUCUAAAAGUAACUGUUUGGAUAAAAGGUCCAAUUAAAUCAAGGAUUGUUUAGGACACAGUUUUGUUAGACAGUGCGAAACUUUGUUUAAUUAACUGAUAAUUAGUGAUUAGGGGAAAUCCCUGUUACUUGGCCUUCUGUGACAGCCCUGCUCUUCCAGCUGCAUGAAUGAUAGAUUACAUUUUAGAUAUAACAACUAAUUGUGUGCAGUGAACAUGGUUUGUUUUCUGCAGUGAGUCUAUAAUUUAAUACUCAUUGCAGGCAACCUCCACGUUUGUCUCCUUUUCUUUUAAGAUGGUGAUUUUGCAGAUUAAAGCCAAUAAUUUCAAAGGCAAACAUUUCCUUAUUUUACUACACCACCCAAAGUGUUGAUCAGAAACUACAUGAAGCUUUUGUCCUUUUCAGGGUAGUUAUCCAGCUAGACUCAAGAAUGUCUUCAUUAUCUCCCCUCCACUUUGGUUUAAGGCUGUAUUAUCCUUUUUCAUGAACUUUCUCCAAGAAAGACUGAAGGAAAGGAUUGAGGUAGUUCCAAGGGAAGUAUUACUACAGAGACUUCCAGAAUCUUCGAUCCCUGAAAGCUUGGGUGGAUCCCUGAAAGUGGAUCAUUUAGCUUGGUUGAACAAGUGCUUGGAAACAUACUCCCAGGCAUGUCAAGAAAAGGGUGGUUUGAAUGGGGCAGCAAAAAACUUUGAAAGACUUGAUGGAACUGUGUCAAACAAAUUUGGUGCUCUAACAUUUGAUCAAGAAGCAGGGCUGGGAAAUGAAGGUGCUCUCACUGUAAUGGAAUUUAUUGAACACAUGAUGAAGCAACAAAGGAGAGGAAUCAAUUUGCAGUUUUUUAAUUUAAAGAGCAACACAGCAUCUGGAAGUUUUCAGUCUACAAGGUAAGGAUUCAUGUAGGUCUAGUUAAUGUUGUUAUUUGUUGGAAUCUCUUAACAAACAAGGACUACAAGAACCAUCAUUGAAAGCAUUUAAGUUAGAGGAAUUGUGUCCAUCAUGGAAAAUGUAGCUUUGAUUUUUCAAGGGCAUCAUUUGUAAUCAGAGAGGCUCAUCUGUACAGAGCAAAUUCCAUUUUCCACUGCCUGAAUUGACCAGGAGGAUUACCCUGCGAUCCAGAGUCCAUCACACUAACUUUAAGCCAGGGUGUUUGCCACAAACAAUCGCCAUUGAUAUAGUUGAUCCUAGUUGCCAUCUUCAACUUUCUUAUUGCCUCUUUGAUUAUUUGUCUGCUGUAACCAACUAUUAUUUGAGGGGGUAAGUGAUCUAAAUUAUAAGCGAUCCUCGCAGCUAUGAACACUACUAAACAAGCAGUUGAAAUAAGACCUGAAAAAAAAAAAAAAAUUCAGGCCCGUAUGGGAUUUGAACCCAUGACCUCUGCGAUACCAGUGCAGUGCUCUACCAAUUAAGCUAACAAGCCAACUGAGAGCUGGUCACUAUAUUGGAUCCGAAUAAACCUUCCAAAAAAAAUUGUAGUUGUUUCAGAAAAAAAAAUAGAGGGGUUAUUUGAUUUAAUAUGACAUGACUUACUGUACUUUUGACUAUGUUGCAUCUCUUUAGAAUGAGCAUUAUAUGUCUAAUAAUUUAUUUUGGAGUUUUAGCAUGCAACAUUUUAAGUCUCCGACAACUAAGGAGAAAGCAGCAAACCUUUAUCUUGAUUAACUUGAGACUAUGUAUUUUGCAGAAAUAAAGGUGUUACAGCUUGCAACAGACUGUGGAACACGAGUUGCCAAACUGGUUACUGUGGCACCAAAUUUGCAAUGUUGGCGAAGUUAAUAACUAUAUUUUUGAAUGCAUUAUUUGCAGAUUGCCAGAGAAUGUGAAGAAAAACAGAUACACAGAUGUCUUGUGUCUGGAGGAAACAAGGGUAAAGCUGUCCAAUUUGGAUGGACAAAUGGCAAGUUUAUCGUAAUAUACAGCCUUUGAAAUGAAUAAAUUGUUUUCAUUAAAAAGUAAAUUAUACGUAUGCCACAAGAUUUUCUCUACAGACAAAAUUCUCUUUCAAAAGUGGCAGAUAUAUCACUCAUUCACCCCUGCAGCUGACUUGUGACAUAUAAGACCUUGUUCCAGGCUCUCAGUCAGUUGUGACAAGCAAAAAAGAGGCCAUGUGAAAAAUUAUGUUGCUUCACAAAAUAAGCAGAAGAGAAAAGAAUGAUACAAAGUGUGGUUUUCUGAAAAGUGUUACCACAAUUAGAUCAGCCUGCUUGCCAUUCUUCUGGCACAUCUUCAUCUACUAAGAGUCUAAUACAGGCUAGAUGUAACAGAGUGCAGCUUUUCUUUUUUCCAUAUCCUGAAAAUCUAGGUUUGUAAGGUUAACCCUUUAACUCCUAAGAUAUCAUCAGUAAUUCUCCUUACUUUCUGCCAAAUGAUUCUCAUUAUGUUAGUUUGGAGAAUUUGGUAUCAGAUCAAUUAGUAAUCCCAUAAUUGAUAUUUUUCUUUAUUCUCAUCACUGGUCUGCAUGAGAUUGUUUAGAUAUAGUAAGGAGAAAUUCUGUCUUGGUCACUCAUGGGAGUUAACGGGUUUAAGUUAUUUCUGCAAUUAUUUUCUAGACAUCAAAUUACAUUCAUGCAAACUUUAUGGAUGGAUACAAGCAAGCACGGGCAUAUAUUGCCACUCAAGGUUAGAGUGAGUUUGCAAUAGAGACACAGGAGUCCUUCUAAUGUGCAAUGUUAUAGUAAGAGUGGGUUGAAUCACAGAAUGAUGUUUUGUACAUACAAUUAUAAAGUAAACAAAUUUACAUGUAAACUUUUAUCCAGGGAUUUUUUAUGGUAAAAAAAUGAGAAUAGUGAAGCUUAAGUUUCUCAUGAUUUUUCUUCUGCCCUACAGUAGUCCCUAUUCAGUCUGCAUGCAUGCAUCUUCAUAUUUGCCUUCAUUAGAAAUUAUUAACUGUCAUGAAUAAUUACUACUCUUUAGGGCCCCUGCCCCACACCAAAGGUGAUUUCUGGCAAAUGGCUUGGGAACAACAGGUUUAUGUCAUUGUCAUGAUAACAAGGUAAGCAUUUUUUUUUCUGAUAGCUCUUUUAGUUAAAAGAAAAGCUAAAGUUUGUUUCGUUUUAUCCAUGGCAUAUGUGAAGGAUUAGGAUGAUGAAGUUUUUGACAAGUGUACAACAGAGAUAACUUUACGGUUUUUGGACGUAUCACUCGCUUGUUGCUGCCACUAAGUUAGUGAAGUAAACGUUUUGAGGUUGAGUGGCAAAAUUGGGAAUGAUUUUAUUCCUUCAGAAGAAAAGCUAGACCUUGAAUAACAAAUGCAAAUGUAUUGUGUUAAAUGAGAAGUCAAACCAGUUAAUCCAGAUGUCACAACAGUUUAUCCAGAUUUCAAACCAGUUGACAUAGAUGCCACACUAAUUAACAAGAUAUCAAACCAGUUAAUCCAGAUGCCACACCAAUUUAUCCAGAUGUCACGCCAGUUAAUCCAGAUGUCACACCAGUUUACCAGAUAUUAAACCACUUAAUCCAGAUUUCAAAUCAGUUAUACCAGAUAUUAAUUAAGUUCAUCUAGCAUCAAGCACACGUCAUUGGCAUGGCUUCCCAUCUCCUUUAGUUUCAUCCCUUUUUUUAUCUACCCUGAAUGAAGGCAAAGCAUUUUCAAUCUCAUUUUAAGUCUCCACUGCUAUGAGUCAUUUUACCAGCAAUUACCAUUUAAUUAAUGAGUGACUCAUUUAAAAAUGAAAACUGUUAUCCCAGGUGCAUUGAAAGGAGUCGUAGGAAGUGUAUUCAGUAUUGGCCCGAAAAUAAUGAAACACAGGAGUUUGCAACUGUAGAUGUGUCCCAUGAAGAAACUUUGGAAUUUGAGGAUCAUGUAGAAAGAGUUUUCUGGAUGAAGCACAAAAGGGUGAGAGAUUUAUAUCAUAUAUAAUAGCUGGGGGAAGACGGAGAAGGUGUCUUAAAUCUUCAAGGCUUUUGUGGAAGAGUUUGACUCCAGAUUAUCAAGUUAUCAACUGCAUGAUUCAGGGAGCGAUGUGGUUUGUGUAGAAGACUCGCGGUGCCCUCUUAAUCGAUCACAAACGGAAAUUAAACAAAUUGAUAUUUGUUUACUUGCUUUUUCCUCUCUUAAGAGAAUUUAGGUAAAUUAACUUGGAGAUUUCGUUGUUUCCAUGUCUUGUUGAUCGUGUUCUGAAUCACAAUGGUGAAUAGUCUUCUUUCCAUUUCGUGUUUCCGACUCGCUCAAGGCGCGCAGUGCAUGUUCCUUUAUUCGAAUCUUCUCUAUUUUUCCAUCCAAACAAGUAGUCUAAGACAUAUUCGCUGAUCGUUUGAGUGGAAAACUUGUUUUUACCAUACAGUAACUCUCUUGCUCCCAAAGAUUUGCGGUAUAAUUCUCUUUUCUAGCAGUUAUAGUGAUACAAUUUCUUGUGAAGUUAUACGGAGAGUUUAAGGAUUUGGGUUAAUGUAGCACAAAUUCGCAGAUCGUUUUAAUAAAUGGAAAACUUAUUUUUACAACAUAUUAACCAUGCAGUCACUCUCUAGUUCCCAAAGAUCCGCUGCGCAACUCUCCUUCCUAGCUGUCAAACAGUGUCUUGUGAAGUUGUACGGAGAGUUUGGGAAUUUGGUCUGAAUAUUGUUACCCUAUCACAUGUUUGCUCCUGAAUGUAUCGAUAUUUUUUGGAGAGGUUAAUUUUUGAUCGCGGUAGGUAGGAUUAAUACAUCUUUGCUCACAUCGUAGUCAGGAGAGAAACGAAGACUAGUCCACUUCCAAAUGACCUCUUGGCCAGAUUUUGGAGUGCCGUCGUCUGCCGAGUCAUGCUUACAUAUUGUUGGUCUGGUCCGGGAGGCACAAAAUGAUGCAGUGCAAGCAUUAGGGUCGCAGUGGAAGGGACACCCAAGAGGCCCUCCAAUUAUAGUGCACUGCAGUGCAGGUAUUGGUCGCACUGGGACCUUCUGCACUAUUGAAGUGAAUGUGGCUCGUUUGGCAGAUGUGGGAAAAUGUGAGGUAUUUAACACAGUGAAAACUUUAAGAACUCAGAGGGCGCUCACUAUUCAGACACCUGAACAGUACGAGUUUUGUCAUUUGGCCAUAUUGGAGCAUGCGUUGAACAUGGCAAGCACAACGCAAGAUGAGAAGGAAGCAAUCACAGACUUCUUGGGAGGGUGGAAAAUGCAACGAAAAAACUCCAGUGACACGGAUUGAGCCCAGUGUACUACACAAAAGAUAGUGAAUGGUAUAAGGUUAGGCCUAAGUGAUCCUUGAGUUUUAACGACGUAUUCUCUCUUUCUCUCUCUCUCUCUCUGUUAGGGAUGAGUGAUAAUCUGUAAAAAUUAAAAAGCCUGGAAAGCCUCCAAAUGUUAGUGAAGCUAGCGUCCUUUAUUACUUCGCAAAAAGAUUUGAAAAUCGAGGGGAAAAAUACUAACAGCAUACUCUUGCACUAAAAGAUGGCGAUUUACCAAUCUGGCAAUAUUUAGCCAUUGGAGUCCUCGUGUAUUCACGUGCACGCUAAUCACUCGGGAAAUGGUGAGAAUUACGGCUGCGCAGUGCAAUUCUUUAUCCUUUAGCGCUACCGUCUGGUUUACCAGAACCGUAUUAUCUCUAAAACCCGUUUUUUUUUUUUUUUUUUUUGUUAACAGAGAAUGUUCUAAACUCUGAAGUAUCUGUAUUGCUCAUAAUGUGGAGAGGAAUCUGAAAACAUUGUAUAUAGAUUUCAUUUACCGUAAAUCACCAACAUCCUCAUGGAGGCAACAUCCCUUGAAUAAAGGGCCAUCCUAAUUUAUGCUAAAUUUGUAUUAAAAAACAGGGCUGUUUAAAGCACCAACUUGAAUUUGUAGAAUACGAAUGAUAUUUAUUGCUUUUUUGGAGAAAUGGAAUUUCACAUGCGACAUUUUACUGUUUUAAAAAUAACUAAUAUUGUCUACAAUUUCCAACUGUAUUGGGAUGAAAUGCAGAGCUCAAAUUAAACCCCGUUCACACUGGCAAAACAUGUGUAGUCAAACCGGGUUUGACAGAAUUAAAACCAGAAACAGAAAAAGUUUUCCACAGGUUUCAUCUUUUCACUAACAUGUAUUUUAAAUAUGUUAAAUUGGAAGUCAACAAACAUCAGUUGAAGCAGCUAUGAAGAAAACUUUUUAACCGUGUUAACCUAAACGGCUUAAAUACAUGUUUUAAAGCUUUACUGCGAAUGGGGUUUAAGUACCUUUAGCAACUGUUGUUUGGGAUGUUACGCACUGCUCGUCCCUCUGGGAGAGGCUGUGUUGCGUGACAUCCUACAGAACAGCUUUUAAGAAAACUUUUAUAAGUUUAUGAUGAAACAAUUUAUUUGUUACGAUAUGUGUAACAAUUACCUUUCUUUGUAAAUUUUUUUAAUUCAAGAACAUUACUCAGUUAACGUUUGCAAUUAAAUCACAUGAUUCCGUUAUGGAAUACUAAAAAAUGUUUCAAAGUCAUUAUCCUUAAGGAAAUUAUGGUAUCUGAGUAAUUAAUUUUUAACGUUUUUGUGAAUAAUAUUUAGUUGACAUCGCUGUUACAAAAAGAGUCAAUUGUAAAAAUUUUAAAGACAUUUUAGUUUUGUAGAAGUUGUAUCCUAUAGUUAUCGAGGUAUAUAACUUUAGAAUCAGUUGUAUUUUUUAAAUGACUGUGUUAAAAAAGGAC